AUGUUUCCUAUCAACAAUACCAAUUCAAUAUUCCCCACCUUCCUGGUGACAGGCAUACCUGAGCUGGAGGCUGUGCACAUCUGGAUUUCCAUACCCUUCUCUGCUAUGUUCUUUAUUACCUUGGUGGGCAAUGUGACCAUCAUGACAGUUAUCUGGCGAGAACAGACCCUCCAUGUGCCUAUGUACCUCUUCCUGGUCAUGCUAGCUGCCUCUGAUCUGGGUCUGUCCCUCUUCACGUUCCCCACAAUGCUGAGGAUCUUCUGGCUGGAUGCUCGCGAGCUCACCUUCUCAGCUUGUUUCACCCAAAUGUUUUUCAUCCACACCUUCCAGGAUUUUGAGUCAGCUAUCAUAUUGGCAAUGGCCUUUGACCGCUAUGUGGCCAUAGCUCAUCCAUUGCACUAUUCUUCCAUUCUCACCAAUAGUGUAAUUGCCAGGAUAGGUUUGGCCAUUGUAAUUCGUGCCAUGGUUGCACAAGUGCCCCUUCCUAUUCUCUUGAGAAGGCUGUGCUUCUGUCAGUCCAAUAUACUUUCUCAUUCCUACUGUCUGCAUCCUGAUAUCUUAAAGCUCUCCUGCUCCGACACUAAGAUCAAUAGCAUCCUUGGACUUUUUAUGGUUCUUUCCAACAUGGGACUUGAUUUUCUUCUUAUUUCUCUUUCUUAUGUGUUGAUUCUAAAAACUGUACUAAGCAUUGCAUCCCAUGGUGGCCGCCUCAAGGCUCUCAACACCUGCAUUUCCCAUCUCUGUGCUGUGACUCUCUUCUUCACACCCAUGAUCUGCCUAUCUAUACUUUAUCGAGCUGGCACAAGGCUUCCCAAAGCCAUCUACGUACUCAUGGCCAACAUGCAUUUUCUCAUUCCUCCUGUGAUGAAUCCCAUUGUGUAUGUGGUGAAAACCAAGCAAAUACGAGACAAAAUCCUAAAACUUUUCAUCAAAAAAGGAACUGAAGAAUACUGA